AUGUUGAGAAGUAAAAUAUAUAGUAUUUUUCAUAAAGUGGAACGACUAAUUCAUAAAAUGAAUGCAUCUAAUUUAAAGCCGUUCACCGUGCUCGUGGAGGGUAACAUUGGAAGCGGCAAAACGACGUUUCUGGAGCACUUUCAACAGUUUGAAGAUAUAACGUUGCUUACGGAGCCCGUGGAGGAGUGGCGCAAUCUUAAGGGAUGGAAUCUCUUGGACCUUAUGUACAAAGACCCAGCAAAAUGGGCGAUGACAUUCCAAGCAUAUGUCUCAAUGACCAUGUUGGACAUGCACCGACGGCCAACCUCCACUCCAGUGAAGUUGAUGGAGAGGUCUCUGUAUAGCGCAAGGUACUGCUUUGUUGAGCACAUGAUGAGGCAGGGGACCCUCCAUCCGGCACAGUUUGCAGUUUUGGACGAGUGGUUCAGAUUUAUCCAAAGGGAAAUACCAAUUGAAGCUGAUUUGAUAGUGUACCUUAAAACAACUCCAUCAGUUGUGCAUGAAAGGAUAAAGAGGCGAGCUCGCUCAGAGGAGCAGUGUGUGCCACUCUCCUAUAUAGAGGAGUUGCACAAGCUACAUGAAGACUGGCUGGUCAACAGGACAUUCGCUGAGUGCCCAGCACCUGUGCUCAUGAUUGACGCAGAUUUGGAUCUUACCCAAAUAACUGAGGAGUACAAAAAGAGUGAGCACCAAAUAUUAAGGAGAGCAGUAGACGUGGUCAUGCAGUCACCCAACAAGCUGUCACCAAAGAAGCCCAUCACUGGCUCCGCUAUUAAAAUAGCACCUCAGAUAAGACUAUAACAAACCAGUAUUUUAUUAGUUAGUUUAAGCAGAAAAACAUACUUAUAACUUGUCAGUCCUUUUCCUUGGGUAGCGGCUAUGAAGGCUUGUAGUUAAAAGUGUCAUGACGUUGAGUUCCCUAUUUAUUGUAAUUAGGAAAUAGAUAAAGUUGGGUUCAGGCAUUAACUUUUGUAUGGGGAUAAUUUCCUUAACCGUUUCGGUUUUCUUUGUUUAACUGGUUAAAGGAGAAAUUAACAAAAAUUAACUGGUUUAUUAAAUUCAAAAUUCGACUUCCUGUUAUAUCAAUUGCACCCUGCAAUUUGCAGUCUAAAAAGGAUAUAAGCACCAAAUAUCAGAACAAGAAUUGAAGCAGUAAAUGUUCCAAUGGUGUUAUCUUAUUGAAAACCAGUUAAUUUAGGUUAAUAGAACAAAAAACCGCUUGCUUGUAUACCAAAGCCGAUAUUAAUCGGUUAUCAACUAAAAAUUACAUCAAAGCUGCUAUCUAUAGUUCUCAAUAGUCACCACGUUUCAUUGGGAUGUUAUAAGUUUGAUUUUUAAUGUGUCUUUAUGCUUUUUUAAGUUAUGUACGGUUAACAUUGUUAACAAAUUCAUUGUAUAGUUUAACUGGGUGGUAUCAGACUGCAUAAUAACGCUAUUUUAAGGUAUAAAAGGUUAGAAAUGUGUGUACAGACAUUUGAAACGCAAUUCAGCUGCAUGACCAUUAACUGCAACUGAAAUUUGACAAAAGUAUGUCUGUUCAUAUUGUCAUCAUUAGUCUAUCGUCAGUAUAAAUGGAGAGGUUUCGAAAGAUGACUUACUAGAUUGACACUAUUUAAAAAAUAUCAUAACCAUUAGAAGUUUUCAAUGUAGAUUUUCUUAGUUUCCAUGACAACCUUACUUCCUUACAAGAGGAUUAUCAUUGAAUAUUUACAAGUAGCAUUGUCAAAAGUUCAAGAAAGCAUUUCAAAGAAAAUCUCGAAACGUUUUUGUUUUAUUUUCUUGACCAAUAUUUUAGUAUACUGUACUAAUUGCAAUCGUUUUAAGGCAUGGGCCAUUUCUGCAAUCCAAACAGCAAAUGUCAUAAAUAUGCCACUCAUUAUUUUAGCUCUAUUGAACAAUGAAAUUCUGCCAGAUAAUUUAUUAAUAUAUAACAAAAGCUAUUUGCAAUACGCUACUUAUUUUAGCUAUUGUAGCUAAUUUGUAAUAUUAAUGCUACACAAGCAUUUUGUGACGAAACUAAUCUCAAAAAUAAUGUUUGAAGUUAUAUUUUUAAGACAUGGAAAACUAUUAAUAAUAUUAUGACUGAGUAGGCAUAGGGUGGAAACAUGUACAAAAUGAGCAAACCUGAUUAAAAACACCUGAUAAGAUGUGGUUUUAUUAUACUGUUUCCAUCUUUGACUACCAUAAGUAACUUGUGUAAAGAUUUGGUGUCAUUAUACUAUAUUUCCAUCUUAAACUAUUGUAAUGCCAAUUCUGUUGUGCACAAAUUCUACACUUAACUGACAGAUCUUAAGGUAGUGGUAACCUUCACCCAAAAAGGUGACAUUGAUUUAAGGAUGUCUAAUUCAAUUUAGGAUUUAUAAAACUGGUCAAGUGUCUCGGUUGUACACAUCUGUAAUUGUUAUUAAGUCUAAAAUAUUGUUGCACUAUGGCAAAACUUUUAGAGCCGACAAUUUUUUUUAAAUUCCAAUUUUUAAUACAUUUUACAGAUUUUGCAACCAAGUCCUGCAACUAAAUUUACUGCUCUGAAAAUAGUGUUUUCGUACAAAUUAAAAGAUUUGUGUACAAUACAACACAAUUAGCACCAAUCUGCUCCGCUUUACACAA